GUCUAGCUCACACUGGCCGGCAGUGGUGAGCCAUGUAGUCCUCCAUGUGUGCUUGCGCACGCCUGAUGGCUGCUUCAGCGCUGCUGGCCUAAGCUUGCAAAUUGGCGGCAUCCUGCCAUCCAUCAUUCGGACCUGGCAAUGCAACUUUGCAUGGAUUGCUGCAACAAUCUAUGUCUUUUACUGCACCCAUAAUAUGCCCGUGGAGCAAGGGCGAGCUGGAUGUUGAGACUCGGCUUGAGGAGAUAUUUCAGUCGUUUCAGGAGCCUCACGCGGCAGUGAUGAACGCCUCGCACUUGGCCGAUGCCAUGCGGAUUGCCUGGAUGAACCCCACCAACUCAGAGGUCUCCAAGGUCUUGGCGGACCUGGGGCGUCCAGAGAGCUUGACGAUGCUUCUCUUCAAGCAGGUCAUGAAGGAGGAGAUUGCAAAGUGGUCUUCAAGGGAUCAGGUGCAGGAACUUCUUCGUUGCUUCCAAGUUUUCGACCCACGCAACAUCGGCUUUGUGCCGCGUGCGACCCUUGCAGAGAUCAUGGAGCAUGGAGGCAAUCACUUUUCCGAGGAGAUGCUGGAGGACAUGCUGAAGAAUGUGCCACAAACUAGUGAAGGCUAUGACUAUCGGCAGAUCGUUGCCUUCCUUUUGGGUCCCGAGGAGGAGGACACCAUGAGAGGAAAGACACGAGAAGAUGCCGGGUCUAGUGCUUUGGCUCAGGCGCAAGAUGAAACCAUCCUGGGAGAAGCGAAGGAGGAAGAAGUUUUGGAACAUAGCCAGGCCUCUCUCAGGGAAUACUUUGAGAAUGGCUACAAGCAAGGCGGUGUUUUCAACAAUGAAGACUACGAGCAUGACGCGAAAGCCUGGUGCUGGGUCCACACCAGACUGGGCGUGAAGGUUUGGCAGGAUGCCCUUGACCUCACUCUAGCCAGUGGUGCCAGCGAUGUGCAGUGUUUGUUCCACUACACUGCUGAGCUUGGCUUUAGAAACAUCACAGAUCCCAGAAAGGCAGCGGUGGAAGUCUUCGCUUCCUUGAUAACGCAGGGUGAGAAGGCCAACGCCUGGUGGGGGCAAGGAGUGUACUCCGUACAGAAUCCCCCAGAUGAGUGGCCAGAAAUUGAAGCACUUAUCGACAACAACUACCGCAAUAUGCUCAAGAGGGAUAUCCAGCUGAAUGGUCGUGAGGCAGCCAUGGAGGAAUACAGCUCGCGGGUUGCCUUUUGCAUUCCUAUUCUAGUAAAUGCCUCUAUCGCCUAUGAUGUGUCCAAGAGACAAACGCCUGAAAUGGUCGAGCAGGGGAAGCCCCCUGGUGUGAACUUAGCUGGAAAGCUGCUCAACGAAGAUGGCAUGCCACAUCGACAAUGUAUCGUCAUUCGAGUGGAAAGGGAGGAGGCGGUUGCAAACGCCAGUGCAGUGCUGGUAAAAUCGCUCCGCUGCCGUGCUGAAGCUAUCACCAAGAGCCUGGGCUCGGAGCAUUCUGAAGCCCUCAAGGCGUUAAGCCGGCUAGCGACGGUGCUGGCUGCGCGUAGUGACUUCACUGAAGCGGAACCGCUGCAAAGGCGGGUCCUAGAGGCCUACGAAGCGCAGUGCGGCAACGAAGACCUGGAGACCCUCAGAGAGGUGAAGGAUCUCGCAGAGAUGUUGUUGGAUGCAGGGAACCUGGCGGAGGCCGAGAGGUUGUCCAGAAGAGCUUUGGCUGGUCGCGAAACUCAGCUAGGAUCUGAUCAUGAAGAGACCCUUGAUUCGGUGAACAUUCUUGGGUUGGUCUUGUCGCAGCAGGGGACCCCGGAAAAGCUAGGAGAAGCUGAAGUGCUCUACAAAAGGGCUUUGGAAGGUCGUGAGUCGCUUCUCGGGCCAAUGCAUCCUGACACAUUGCAAUCCGUCAGCAACCUUGCGCUCUUGCUGGACAAGCAGGGCAAGCAAGAGGAGGCUGAGCCCCUUUUCUGGAGAGAUUUAAAAGGAUGUGAAGCUCGGCUUGGGGCAACGCAUCCUGACACGCUCAUUUCCGUGAACAAUCUUGCAGGCUUGCUGCAGGAUCAGGGAAAGCUGGCGGAAGCUGAGCUCUGGUUCAGAAGAGCCUUACAAAGACGUGAAGAUCAACUUGGAGCUAUGCACGCUGACACAUUGACCUCACUGAACAACCUAGCGGCGGUACUAAAGGACCAGGGCGACCAGGACAAGCUGAUAGAAGCUGCAGAACUUUACAGGAGAGCUUUAGAAGGCCGUGAAGCUCUGUUUGGACCAGUAAGCCAGGACACCCUAUCAACCGUUUUUAAUCUCGCGAAGCUAUUGGAGGCGAAAGGCUCCCUGGCCGAGGCGGAAGAUCUCUAUGUUAGACACUUGAAGGGCCUGGAGGAGCUAUAUGGGCCCAACGACCAGAAGGUUCAAGUAGCGCGCAGACUCUUGGAGCGCUUCCUAACAAACCACUCCCGCAGUGAGGCGCUGAACGGCGGGACCAGACUUUAAAGCUGAAAUUCCCGAAUCUUGGGUAGACUUACGCGACCCAAAACUGAAUUAAAGCGUAUAAAUGGGCACGGUCUCAACUAUUGCAAUUUUUCCCGUGCAGGGUUCGACCUUAGCAAACCUAAUAUGCUGAUGCACUGUCACGCACAGUCGACAGAUCGGAUCUGGUUAGUUGGCUUAGUCUAGUAAGACCUGUGGUUUUAGUUUUGUUGUAUGGACCUGCUACUUGGGCGCCGUAUUUCAUUGCUUAAAGGCUUUGUAGAUGACGAGUGGGCCAAGCUGUUAAACAUGCAUAAUUACUUUGCUGCCCUUGCUUGUCCAGAACCUGGUGGAUGAUCAUUUACAAGCACGACCUUGUCUUGUUUCCGAUCCUUGCCAUUGCUAGAGGCCAGCAAGUGAUUUCUCCUUACCAAUGGAGAUAUUUGGAUGACUGAUGAUGACCGUUUGCCUUGGAAGAGCCGCCUAAAUGAAGAGCUCAAGCAAAAUUGCUACUUGUUUUGGCUUGCUUCCCAGCAAAGACUCGCUCAAUUUUGGAGAAGGCCGCUCUUUCAUCCUAGAUCCACCGAUGAGUGGAUAGAACUGCUAGCAAAUGCUUUCAAUCAGCCGUGAAUGCAUCCAUCCGAGGCAACUGAAGCUCUUGAAGCUUCCGCACCUACGUGUGUGCUGCCCAACACGGGCUAACCUGCACCUGGC